ACAACAGCCGGAGCUUGUGGCUGGGUUUUUUUUUUCCAAGGCCCCGUGAUUUGAGAGAAGAAAAAAAGAAAAAAAACAGCAAGUUCACACACAGCUCAGUUCCAGUUAGCUUAUGUCGGCUACCUGCUUAGCUUAGCGUGUGUUGUGGAGCUAGCAGUUGUAGCUCAGCUGUGUGUGUGUGUGUGUGUGUGUGUUUUUUCCGCUGUGUGCACCAGUAUCUUCAACUUCCACAGUUUAAAAGUCUAUCGCCUCCGGAUACUGCUGGUCCGAAAGCAGUCCAAAAAUAAAUGUUUAUGUGUCGCCGGUGGGAAGCUUUUCUGAAGCUUAUAGAAUAUUUCUGCACCCCUCGGUCGCCUUUUACUUUGUCUUUAUUAUUCCAGGAGGCAGCAAUGAUGCACCCACAGCCCCCAUACAAAUCUAUCAAAGUGCGCACUCCACUAUGGACCGCAACGACGAGACGAGACGAAGCUGCGCGCCACAGAAUGACGGAUGACAGGGGAACCGCGCCGCACGUCCUCGAGGAGCCCCGGAUGCGAGGGGAAGGGGAGAGACUUCGAACUUUUGAGAGCUGGUCAGCAGAUGCGCCCGUCACAUGUGGAGCGCUGGCCAAGGCGGGCUUCUUCUUCCUGGGCCCCGGGGAUAAGGUCCAGUGCUUCUGCUGCGGGGGGAUUUUAAGAUGCUGGGUGCGCGGGGACAGCCCCGCCGUGGAGCACGAGAGGCAUUUCCCCACUUGCGGCUUCACACUGGGCCGAGCCGUGGGGAACAUCCCGCUCCAAGUCGGAUCCUCCGACUCCGUGGACGGUCAGCUGUUGAGUCAGCUCCAGAGGAUGACUAUGGAUGACCAGGGGACCGCCGGGCAAGCGGUCUACCCGGAGAUGGAGGCGGAGGACUCCCGGCUCACCACGUUCCACAAUUGGCCCACCGAGGCCUCGGUCCAGCCAGAUAUUCUCGCACGAGCAGGAUUUUUCUACACAGGUCACGGCGACAACGUCAAAUGCUUCCACUGCGAUGGAGGUCUGAGGAACUGGGAGCCGGGAGACGACCCCUGGCAGGAGCACGCCAAGUGGUUUCCACGAUGUGAGUUUUUGAUCCAGGAGAGAGGGCAGGAUUACAUCAGCAACAUACAGGACUCUCACUUCCAUCUGGGGGACACUGUGGGCGGAUCACAGACCUCCACAGGCAGAGACAUCGGAUCCAGAAAUGAUGUGGUCGGCGGUCUGGGAGCGUCGUCGGCCAUGCUUUCUCCCGUGGUGCAGACGGUGCUGCAGAUGGGCUUCGAGGCCGGCCUGGUGGAGAGUCUGGUCCAGACCAAGUACCUUCUGACGGGUCAGCACUACACCUCUGUGUCGGACCUGGUCACCGACGUGCUGCAGGCGGAGCAGCAGGACAGACAGAGGGGGUCACAGAGCAGAGAGCCAGACACGAGGCAGGGCUCCAGCGCUGCGAAUGUGAGGACACAAACACCCAUCAGAGAGAAAGCGAAGGACCCGAGCCCCGAGGAGCUGCUGCGGCAGCUGCAGGAGGAGAGGACCUGCAAAGUGUGCAUGGACAAACUGGUGUCCAUCGUCUUCAUCCCCUGCGGUCACCUGGUGGUGUGUGGCGAUUGCGCCGCCAGCCUGCGUCACUGCCCCAUCUGCAGAGCCAUCAUCAGAGGCAGCGUUCGUGCUUUCAUGUCCUGAGGCUGCAGUGAGAACAGGUGUCGCAUUGCACGAGUGGCCUUGAGUUUCUUUCCUCUGCUCUCUCAUUUGACCUUGUACUGAUAAGAAAACGAAAUAAAGAGUAAUUGCUGCUUGCUCGUUACAGCU